AUGGGUCGUUUCAUUAGUCAUUUCAGAACGCUCUUCAACUAUUCAGCCUCAGUGGUCUAUGACCAUGUGGCUGAUGAAAGAUCAUGGACCAAUCAGGGAGACCAAGAAUACAAGAUGGGAGCCAGUGAUCGCAUCAGACAAGAAAUCACUGUAGGUUCCAACACCUACAUUUUUAAAUGGAAAGUCAUCACUGCCAUCCCAGGUCGAGAGUUCACAAUUCAAAUAGUCAACGAGGUCGGUUGCAAGGCCGAUGGUACUCCUGGCGUGGAUGGGUCCCUCACUAUGUCAUAUGAACUGGAGUCUCCUGGAGGAGAGGCCGCUCUACUCUCACAAACAUUGGUACUGGACCUUCCAAGGGGUGUAAAGAUUGAGGAUGACUUAUUCUUAUUACUUGUCAAACCCAACUCGUUUGAGAGGGUACAUGAGAAUCUUGGGAAGCGGCUUGAGGAGAAUUCCAGGAAAGAGCAGCAGAAUUCCGAGAGGAAUAGGGACCCGGAAUAA